AUGGCACCACAAAUCGACCUGAAUCUGCCCACAGCUCUAAUUCUCAUCGACAACCAAUCGGCCUUUACCCACCCACAGACCGUUUCCCACUGGGGCGCCUCACGCUCCAAUCCUCACUAUGAAGCCAAUCUCCAAUCGCUUCUCUCCACUUUUCGAGAUGCACAAGCUUCGUCGUCGACGCCUCUUGAGGUGAUUCACGUUUUUCACUCGUCUGACUCGUCUUCGUCCCCUCUUCACGCUUCACAUCCAGCGGGUGGGAUACGACCGCUGGAGUUUGCGGUCCCAGUAGCGGAUGGGUCGGAGCCUGUCUUUUGGAAGAACGUCAACUCUUCAUUCAUUGGUACCAAUCUGGAGUCAUAUUUGCGAGAAAGGGCCAUCAGGCAGAUCAUUUGUGCUGGUCUGACUACGGAUCACUGUGUCUCAACGACAGUUCGCAUGGCCGCGAACUUGGGCGUUGUUGAUCGCUUGUUGGACGAUGGACCUGUCCGAUUUAGGCCCGAUGGUUCUCGUGAGAAUGAAGUGCGUGUUGAAAAGGGGCGCAUUUUUCUCGUUUCUGAUGCAACAGCAACAUUUAGUAAGGGUGAUUUUGACGCAGAGACAGUUCAUCAAGUCUCUGUUGCCAGUCUUGAUGGCGAGUUUGCCGAUGUAAUUGGGACGGAAGAGGUGGUGAGGGCUCUGAAGGAUAUCAAGAAGACUUGA